CUGUGGGGACAUUAAUGCUCACUGUGGGGGAUUAAUACUCGCUGUGGGGACAUUAAUGCUCACUGUGGGGGAUUAAUACUCGCUGUGGGGACGUUAAUGCUCACUGUGGGGGGUUAAUACUCACUGUGGGGACGUUAAUGCUCACUAUGGGGGUGUUAAUACUCACUGUGGGGACGUUAAUGCUCACUGUGGGGCGUUAAUACUCACUGUGGGGACGUUAAUGCUCACUAUGGGGGUGUUAAUACUCACUGUGGGGACGUUAAUGCUCACUAUGGGGGUGUUAAUACUCACUGUGGGGACGUUAAUGCUCACUGUGGGGGGGUUAAUCCUCAAAGGGGGGAGCUAAUGCUCACUCGGGGGUUGGCAGUUAAUGCUAACUGUGGGGUGGCUGUCAGUAUUUAAGGUGUUCUGUGUGAGAGGGAGACAGGUAUUUAAGGUGCUCACUGUUGGGGGAAGGCUGUUUAAGGUGCACACUGCGGUGGAGGGAGAGGGGUAUUUAAGGUGCUCUCUGUGUGGAGAGAGGGGUAUUUAAGGUGCUCUCUGUGUGGAGAGGGGUAUUUAAGGUGCUCUCUGUGUGGAUAAAGGGGCUCACUGUGUAAUUGGCACUUAGUGAGUCAGCAGGGUGAGUAUAUGGAGAGGUUGUUUGAGGAUUUUAUGAAGUGGACGGAUUGAAUGUUGUGAAAUGGUUGGGAAACUGUGGGAUAUGGUUAGUUUUUGAUUGGAGCCUUCGCUGCAGGUUUAUCCUUCCUGUCCUGGGCUAGCUUCAGGGUCAUACAGCAUGGAAACUGACCCUUCAAUCCAACCAGUCCAUGCCGACUGUAAUUCCAAACUCAACUAGUCCCACUUGCCUGCGCUUUGCCCAUAUCUCUCCGGAUAUUUCUUAUUCAUAUACCUUUCUAAAUGUCUUUUAAAUGUUGUAACUGUACCCGCAUCCACUAUUUCCUCUGGAAGUUCAUUCCACACAUGAACCACUCUCUGUGUAAAAAAUAAAUUGCCCCUCAUUGUCUUUUUUAAAUCUUUCUCCACUCACCUUAAAAUAUGGCUCCUAGUUUUGAACUCCCCCACCCGAAAGAAAAGGCACCUGCCAUCCACCUUAUCUAUACCCUUCAUUAUUUUAUAAACCUCUAUAAGGUCACCUCUCAACCUCCUAUAUUCCAGUGAAGAAAGUCUCAGCCUAUCCUAUAACUCUAACCCUCCAUUCCCAGCAACAUCCUGGUAAAUCUCUUCUGAGCCCUCUCCAGUUUAACAGUAUCCUUCCUAUAACGGAGACCAGAACUGCUCACAGCAUUCCAGAAGAGGCCUCACAAAUGUCCUAUAUGACUGUAACAUCACAUCCCAACUGCUGUACUCAGAGGUCUGAGUAAUGAAGGCAAGCAUGCUAAAUGCCUUCUUUACCACCCUGUGAUGCAGAGUUUGUGUGUGAUGCAGAACUUAGAAAAUUGUGAAGAUGGGAGGACACUGACUGUCCAAAAGAGUAUUGGACAAGAGAAUGUCAGUUUUCUUUCCGAGUGUCAGUGCAGGUCUGAUGGGCUGCAUGGCCUCCUUAAGGUGUAAAGGUUGUGUGUGAUUGGAAAUUCAGUCAAUAUUAUUCUUGCAGAUCACAUAUUCACUGACCUGCAGAAACAAACGACCUGGGACACAAUCUACCAGAGGAGCCAGGGCCAGCCCUUUCAGUACUUUGACUGGUUCCUGGGAUACUCCUCACUGAAGGGGCUGCUCCUGCAGCUGUUGCGGGAUAUGGAGAGUGAGGCUCCACUCAAGCUGCUGGAUAUUGGCUGUGGUACCUCAGAGCUGGGCCCCCGUCUGUACUGUGAGUGCCCAUUCCCGCUCCAUGUCUACUGUGUGGAUUUCUCUCCAAUUGCACUCGCCAUAAUGCAAGCACAGACUUCACAGCUGCCUCCACCUGUGAGCUCAGCUUCCCAACUGCAUUUCGUACAGACAGACAUCAGGAAUCUCUCCGGCUUCCAGCAGCAGAGCUUCGAUCUCAUCCUGGACAAGGGAACACUGGAUGCACUGCUCCAAGCAAAUGAUGGUGGUGAGACAGCUUGCUGUGCCCUAACAGAAUCACUCCGAAUGCUGAGACCUGGUGGCUUAAUGCUGCAGGUAUCGGACGAGGAUCCUGAUGUGCGGAUUGUUUGGCUGGAGAGUCUCCAUCUUGUGACUGUUACUGCACUCGAAGUGGACACUGAGAAGAACACUGGUUAUUUUGCUUACAUUAUCAAACCAACCUCAAUGAGUACACAGUGUUGACUCAGUCUGACCUAGCAAGGUCUCUGCUUUGACUAAUAAAACAGUCCUGCUCCCACGCCACCUCCUGUGACCUGGACAGACCCUCAGUUGCAGACCCCUGAAGCUGGAAUUGGAGGUAACCAGCCUGUCAUUCUGCUAUGCUGUGACAACCUCUUUACCCAGGUGCCUGUAGAGUGUGGACAAACAGUGAUGCCCUGCACAGUCAAAUAACUGGUAAAUGGCCAUGGGCUGGGCUGUCAUGCUGGUUCAGUGCCUAACUCCUGCAUCUGCCCCCACCCCAAAGAACAGGAGAGGAGAGAAUGUGCAGAAAAAAAUGAUCUAAGGAAAACCUCUUGAAACAGUCUCAAUUUGCUUUAAAUAAAAUUAGUGAUUUAUAAUGA